UGGAAGAAAAUAAAAGAUAAUCAAAAUCCCGCUCACUUCUAAAAAAAAAUUUGGUUAGCCGCUCAUUACUCCCACUUCUUCUCAUCUCCGUCGUGCGCCCUAAAUCCCCCAAAUAAAAGUUUGUUUUUCUUCAGCUGAAAUCCCCAAAUUUCCCAUUUCCAACAACAGACUUGAAGGAAGAAAACCAGAAGAUGGGAUGGAAUCACCCAGACAUAUCGCUGGAAGAAAUGAUGAAACUGAUAGAAGGGUUUGUUGAUAUCCUGGUUUUUUGUUUUGUUUUAUUUUUUUAAUUUUAUUUACUUUUGGGACUUUUUAAGGAAUGACAAGAAAAAAGAAUCUGGCGAUGACAAGUUCGACAAACCCAUAUCAGAGACUAGGGUUUCAAGGGAAGAAUGUGGUUCAAAUGGGAGAAAUCUAAAUAAGAAGAGAAGUUAUGCACAGUUUCAUUUAGAGUUAGGUCAAUCUGAUUUUCUUCUCCAUGCCUGUAAGUCGACUAAGCGGAGCGGCACAUUCCAGCCCGUAAGUCUAAGGAUUCCUCAUCAUCUUAUCUGACGUGCUGGCUAUCUUAUCCUUCCUCCCAUCCAGGGUGCCUUACUUUAUCGCGUCUUUACAGUCUUUUAAGAUUAUCUGCUCAUUAAGAACUUUUACCUGCUUUGAAAGAUCGGGGUUUUUGUGGUGGCAUCCGUUGGUUUCUAAUACUGCUCGACUCCUCUGUUUUUCCAUGUUCGGCACCGGAAAAUCUCCCCCUGGCAUAAACGAUCAGUCAAAUGGAAGCAGAUUCCUAAAGAUUUCAAAAUCUUAUACACAGUGAAUAGUCAUGUGGAGCAAGUGGAGUUGAGGGGGAAUAUCUGUGAGUAUCAGUCCUCCCAUGAUACCAUGCUCGCUGAAUUUCAACGUAACGUAUGAAUAUAGAUGGGCUGAUGAUGUGCAAAUCAAGAAGCCUAUCGAAGUUUCUGCUCCAAAGUACGUUGAUCGAAUCACAGCUUGAUUAUGAAUCCAUAUUUCCUCAAAAGCUUGGCGCACCGUUUCCUCCCAAUUUCAAGGAGGUGGUGAAGACAAUAUUCAAAAAACUACCUGAGUUGAGCCUCAGGAAUUUAAGUGUCUAUAUUCUGUAUUCAAAGUCUGCAGUUUACAUGAGCCAUGAAGAUGAGAGUCAACUUUCUGCUAUAGCUAGGCAAGGUUCAGGUAGUGCUUGUCGGAGUUUGUUUGGUGGAUUCGUUAAGUGGAUUAUGGGAAAAGAGGAUGAUGGAAGUGAUAGUCUUGCAAUUCAACUAGUAGAUGAAAAACACUGGGAAGAUCUCUUCAUCAUUAUUGCUGUGAGCUAUUUUAAAUAUAUUAUCGUCGGAGAAUGUGAAGAUUUUGACAUAUUUCAAUUACAAGAUGAGCAAGGAGUGUUUAGAGAAAGUUACUCAAACAAUAUCUUUUCUUGCUCAACCACGAGAAUCUCACUUGCUUUUGCUUACGGAGUGAUAGAGCUGCAGAGCUUUUGGGUUUGCGUGCAUGCAAUUUUCGGCCACGACACUCAAGCAAACUUGGAAAUGAGUUUCGGGUGUUCACAAACUAUGACCCUGGGGAGAGAUUAAGAAGUUAUUCCAAACCGCACAAUACAGAUGGAAGAAGCCAUACAAGUUUCUCAUAUCUAUUAUUUAUUUUAGUUUUGAUUCUAAAUUUUUAUUUUUACUUUAAUAUUUACAACAACUUGAGUUUUAACUUUUGGAUUUUAAUUGUGUUAUUAAAUAAUAUUUUUUUAUUUA